AUGAAGUUCUGUGGGGAUUUUGUGAAGACUGAAAGAAUGAAGAUCAACCGCUUUUACGGCGUGUUAAAGGCAAAAUUUAGGGAGUUCAUCACUCCCUCGAAAUGUGAAAUCCUUGACGAGCUUAUCAAUUUGGCACGGGAUAGAGAAAUCGAGAUUAAAACGCAAGAAGAACGAGGUGAAAAGAGAUUGAAUGAAAAGGGGGCAAGUUCAAGUCCGUCCAAGAAAGCAAAGUUUCAAGACCAUGGAAAGAAGGACAAGUUAAGGGGUGGUAUUUCUCCGUGCAAGACAUAUGGGAAACUUCAUACUGGGGAAUGCCUUCUGGGUAAGAAGGGAUGCUACAAAUGCGGCGAGGAAGAGCAUACAUCCUGUAAGUUCCCUAGCGACCCAAAGACAUGUUUCAAUUGUUUCCAAAAAGGGCAUGUUAAGUCGGAGUGUCCUAAACUCCAACAAGGAUCAAAGAAGGAGGGAAAGAACGAAGAAAGCUCUAAGGCAAAAGGGAGGAUGUUUCAAAUCACAUCCGAAGAAUCCAAGUCCCAUCCGAAUGUGGUUUCAGGUAUCUUUCUAUUAAACUCCAUACCAGUUUAUGUUUUAUUCGAUACCGGAGCCACUAUGUCGUUUAUUUCAAAUGAAAUUGUACAACAUCCUUCAUUUAUGAUUGAACGAAUGUCGAUGCCUUUAGAAGUAGAAAUAGCCGAUAGUAAGAUCUAUAAGUUACACGAGAUUUGUAGAAAUUGCAAAUUCACUAUAGAAGAUGAAGAAUUCGAUAUCGACCUCAUACCUAUGGUUUUGGGGGAAUUUAAGAUGAUAGUGGGAAUGGAUUGGAUGGCACGAUACCGUGUAGAGAUUAAUUGUGAAAAUAAGAUAAUGUUUGUUCAAUCUCCAAGUGGAAGGCAAUUGAGUCUUCAAGGGGAGAGAAACGUGGAAACAAAAUUGUGCACUCUGGUUCAAGCCGUUAAACACGUACGUAACGGGAGUAGGGCAUACCUGGCUUAUGUAGUAGACGCUUGA